AUGGAACCAUUACGUUAUGUUAAUCCGUUCCGAUAUAUCAAGAUUUUACUUAUGAUCCGUUAUAUCGAGGUUCCGAUAAAAAAUGAAAUAAAAGCAUUCGAAUGGUAUACAAAAUCGGCUAAUGCAGGGUAUGCUGAUGGUCAAUGCAAUUUAGAUGACCAUGGUGUAGGUAUAGAUAAAAAUAAAACAAAAGCAUUUCAAUGGUACAUGAAAUCAGCUAUUUCAGGAAGUGCUAAUGGACAAUGUAAAUUAGGUUAUUGUUAUGACCAUGGUAUAGGAACUGAAAAGAAUGAAAUAAAGCAUUUGAAUGGUGGAAUUGCAGAAGCACAAAAUUAUGUAGCAAAAUGCUAUUUUGGUGGUAUAGGUAUUUACAAAGAUAUUGAUAGAGCAAAUUAUUGGUAUGGAAAAGCUUCAGACAAUGGAAUUAAAGAGGCAAAAGAUAAAUUAGCUAAUAUUUCAAGUUUUUUACCAUGA